AUUUAAAUUUUAUAGAUUAGUGGAAUUUCCCGUUCUGUUGAGUACAGCUCGUGCUGAACUGUUAUGAUGUGUCAAUGAGUUAAAAAAAAUGUGGACGGCACCGAUAAUGAGAGGCCCUCGUUGUACUUGAACGGGGGGAAAAAGGAAGGACAUUGCAUAGCAAAAAGGCUUUGGCAGAGACAUCUUCAUCACACAUUUCCACACUCUCAUCAUUUCAUCAGUGUGGUAAUACCAUGAAGGGUGAAGAAAGGUGUAAGGAGCUCCCCGACGUUGGUGACACCACUGGAAAACGGCCCAAACGUAAAUGCCUGCAGUGGCACCCACUACUUUCGAAAAAGGCUCUGGAUUUCUCUGAGGAGGAGGAGGAGGAGGAAGAGGAUGAAGAAGAGCUGGCUGAGGGCCAGGUUUCCCAAGGCCGGUGUGAAGGCAGACCAGAGGAAGGACAAGAGGACGCAAAUGAACAGCGAGCUCGUCGACCGAUGAAUGCCUUUCUUCUCUUUUGCAAACGCCAUCGCUCCCUCGUACGACAUGAACAUCCUCGUUUGGACAACCGUGGGGCCACCAAGAUCCUGGCUGACUGGUGGGCUGCGUUGGAGCCUGCAGAAAAGUUGAAAUACACUGAUAUGGCCAAGGAGUACAAGGAGGCGUUUAUGAAGGCACACCCAGAAUAUAAAUGGUGUCCUACCACCAGCAAACCAGUUAAGAGACCAUCCUGUCAGACAGUUUGUAGGUCACGCAAAAAAGUGUGGUCCUUCGCUUCAAAUAUAUCUAAGGACUCUGCCAAAAAAAGGCCCAAAACUGAUGUCCCACAAUUGAACUUUGCCAUGGCCGAUCCAACUGAAAUGGGUGGCCUCAGUAUGCUGCUGUUAGCUGGAGAACAUGCCCUCACAAACCGAGAGCAGUCAUCGGGAUCUGUGGCGCCUGACAGAAAAUCGUGCAGACGAUCUGCUCUCUUUCAGCUUGCCGAGAUGUGUUUAUCAACUGAAGCUGAGAAAAUGGACACAGUCGUAUCUCCACAAGGAACCACCUCGUCUUCAUCCUCUUUCCAAAAAACUACAGCAAAUAGUCUUCAGGUGAAGGAGGAGACCCUGGAUAAUUUUAGUUGCCCCCUAACCUCUCAGACAUUUUUACCUUCUCCCACUUCAGUCACUUGCACUGACACAAUUUCCUUUGAAGUUGACAGUCAAAAUCAAUGUGUCAAAAAGAAAAACGGACAGAAAGAGUGGUUCAUGUUAAAUAACAUUGAUGAAAGCCUGCAUUCAUCAAAGCAAUUUCAACAAAAGCUUAAACCUGUCGAAUCAAAUGGCGAUGUUAGCUUUGGAAUUGAGACAGUGGCUGAAAAUGUCUGGAGGGAUUCAGAGAAGCCCAAUGUGAAAAUCCAAGAUGUUUCAAGUGACUAUGAGUCUUGUCCACCCAAAAACAAGACAAAGCCCAAAAAUAAGACUUCUGUUAAAGACAAAGAACUAGUUGACCAUAGUGGCAAAUAUGUGCUGCCCAGUGUCUCUAAGGUGGAAAUAAAAGAAGAGAUGAGCCCUAUGACAGAAAUAGAGGAAACAGGUAGAGAAAGCAAGGAAAUUAAGGACAACAUGGAGGGAUGCCAAAAAGUCCCCGACAGGUCUUCACUUAUGAUGCUGAAAGAAGAUGACAAUAGGAUGGAAAGCCCAAGUGAAGUAGAGUCCAAUACAGAGGUCCGUGGUGCAAGGAAAUCCGAGAGAAGCUGUAAAGGCGCCUUGUACAAGACCCUUGUUUCUGAAGGAAUGCUGACCUCGUUGAGAGCCAAUAUUGACCGGGGUAAACGAAGCGGCUUUCGUGCUUCUGAUUAUGAAGCAAACUGGGGCGAGGAUAGCUGGAUGCUUUCUCAAAUGGCAUCUAAUAGCAAGAGGCUAAAAAAGUCUAAGUCCAAAGAUGAUUCUUCACAAGGAAAACUCGAAGAAGAAUUUGAAAAGAAGUUUAACAGCCUGCCACAGUAUAGUCCAACAACAUUUGAUAGGAAGGGGCCUUCUGUCAUAAAGAGAAAGAAGACUGAUUGUUCUUCUGCCCACGUGGAGAUAUCCAAAACAGGCAAAGGACCAUCUCCAUCACAGAAAAAGACUUCAUUCCACAAGAUUGUUAGGAAGCACAAAUACUUAAAGGAGAAACCAGCAGUGGGACAGACGGAUUCCACCAUGUUGUUUUCUGUUUCAAAAGCCAAAUCAUGUGCCACCAGUGCCAUAAUUUGCUCAGAUGUGCAAGGCACCACUAGUGUCGAUAUGCUAGUUGGUAGCCAGAAGAGGAAGGCUAGGAAGACUAAGAUCACACACUUGGUUCGCACAGCUGACGGCAGUGCAUCUCUGCUUGAGGAGGACAAAAUUAGCGAUCUGACUCCGGUGCAGGAGAAUAUUCCAUUACCCCAACUCACUUUAUGCAAUGAAAAAGGAUAUUGCAGUGAUUCCAGACCAGUGGAGGGGAGCGCUGGAACGGAGGAGCUACCUGCUUUCUUCAGUUUAGCUGCUCUUGCGGAAGUUGCGGCCAUGGAAAACAUGCACAGAGGCCAGAAAGGCAUGGCUGAGAGUUUGAAGAGAGAACUCGCCCAGACUCCUGUCCUCAUCUCUUGUGCUGAUCAGUGAAAGUUUGCUGAUAUUUAUUUUAUUUUUUUAUGGCAAGUAUGGCAAGCCCUCUAUAAAGGUGAAAACCCCAUGACCUUUCCUUGCUCAUCACUCAUUAUUUUUGUGGCUGAAAGCCUUCCUUUUAGCUGCGUAAAAUGCCUUUUUUUAACUUCUCUUAACCCUUUACAUACUCCUCAGUGUGUUGCUCACAUUAAGAGGUUGUCAGGGUUUUGUUUUGCAUUGGCCAUUAUCAGGGUCAUAAACUAAACUUGCAAUUUAAAACAAAACACAACUGGCGGAUAAUCAAACAAAAGAAAAAAAUGAUAUAAAUGAAGUUAUUGUCACUUUUUUUAAGUCACCACCACACUCAUAAGACCUUCUCUUCUGAUAAAAGGGGGACCACCAUCACUUUUAGUAGCUUUAUCCUCUAAUGUUGUUAACCAGGGUAAAUGGUCACGUAGGAUAUUCAGUAUGUUCCUUAGCUUUGGCCUAUAAUACAUAUAUGAUGUCUUUUAAACAUGAGGAAACCACGGUUGAGUAUUUGAAAUUGUACAUUGUAUAUAUGUCCUAUGGUAUUUUUACAUACUAUACUAUACAGACAAAGGUGGUAUGUUGUUGCUCGAAAAAAAGAUUGAAUCUUUGAAACACUUACCCUUGUUUUUGCAUUAGAGUUAACCAUAGUUGAAGGUGUCCCCCCCCCACCCCUUAAUCCGUGGCUCAUUGUCCCUGUCAUUGAGACAAGCAGGUUAUCAAAAUGAAUUUAUUGUGAAAGCGAUGAUAAUUGCUCACGCAGUUUAUACCCGAGAUCUAACUGCAAAGUCAUUCACCAGUUGCUUGCUCUGUGCGUUGCAGUCUUACAUUUAGUGUUUGAAUUUUUGAAUGGGGGGGGGGGGGGAAAGAUUUCUUCAAUAUUUAACAUUACAGUUUUUAUUACCACUUGGAGAGCCACUUGUAAUAUUGGAAUAAGCAUCACUGUUGACUUGGUUAUGAUAUCAGUCCCCAUUUUAUUGUCAUUAAUCUUGAAAGUGAGUCCGAAUCCCAAUCAAAGAUUGUCUUCAUACUGCUGUCUCAUCUGUAUCUUCAGUGUCUUCAAAACACAAACACCAACAGACAAGACCUUGAACUAAAGUUUAUUCUUGUUUCAGGAAUAUUCUAAUAGUUGCAGGAAAAUUCAAAGACCCAACUGCAUCAGACAUUCAAAUAAGAGCAUAAAUUAAUAUGCAAACUCUCAUAGAUGAAAAAUGUUUCAUAUGAUGCCGAUAUUUGUUCCUGGCUCGUCUUUUUUUGUCUGUUACAUACGUCUUGUUUUCUGUCCCUUCCAUGAGUUGUUUCUUGUGUAGGGCAUAUACAUAAUACCAUCUGUAAAUGAAACAAGUACUGCAAUUCAGAAUUGUUGAAAUGUUAACUUGCCAAGACUUAUUACAAGCUCAGAGAUUUCACUCGUUUAUAGAUUUCCUCACUUGCCGACAACAUUUUUUGUUCCUGUGUUUAGAACGACAUUUUUAAAAUUCAGGCACAUGGAGACGUUUAACAUUUAUUUUUACAAUGUAUUUGCAUUUAGAACAACUAACUACUACAUUGUAGUUAUUUAUUAGGAACUUGAUUAUUUGUCCCAUGGUCAACUAUACUUAAGGUCAAACUCAAUGAUGAUAAAUGUGUCCUUGCUAGCUAAGCUGUCACCUAGCUAAGCUGUCAGGGACAGAAGCAGCUCUAGAAAAUGAGCUUGUCUCUUUUCUUCUCGAAGUCUUUGAGUCUUGAGUAUUUCAACUAAUUUUGUAAACGGUGUCAUGCUUUUGGAUGUUUGAUGAACGGAAAAUCUCCUGGAGAAAUUGUGAUUCUUGCCUAUUUUCUCCAAAAUCAGGUCCAACAAGGUACAAAGUAAUAUUUAUUAAAGUCAGCCCGAGACUUUAAUAAGCAAGCGCCAUAUCUGUACUCCCUAACAUCUUGCAUUCUACCAUCAACUGAAGCUAUUCGAUUUUACUCUGACUUUUUGAAAAUAGGGAUGUUACAUUUGUGAUGCAUUUGAGCGGGAAACACAUUUUUCAUCAGUGAAGUCUUUCACGUAAACAAACAAAAUAUCUUCCGCAAAAAUACACAAUACUGACGUAUAGUGAGACAAAUUGCCAAAGAAAAGGGUUGGGAAUAUUAAUAUUGAUUUUUUUUUUUUUUAAACGAGGCUAGCAGUUGCUCUGCUUUUUUUUUGUCAAAACCAGGUAACUGUCAGCACAAGUGUCCAAUUUAAAUAGGAUUUUUUUUUUUUAAACCGAGGGUGGGGGGGGGCAUGCUCCUUCUAAUGUAAUAUUUGCACAUCAUGACUCAAACCAAAAUGAAUAAUUGUCUUUGAAGAAGGUAUAUACUUUUUACCUCCCCUGGAGCAAAAAGGCAUACUUGAAAAAGAUAAGUUGACUUCCAGGAAAUAGCCAUAAACUCACCUAAACUACUUAACAAGGUUCUCUCAAAUUCCUAUUUUAAGGACACAAAUUGCUAGAUCCCCUUUUGUGCUAAUACUGUCGUGUUGAAUGUAAAUGCUUUUAUACCUGUAUUUUUCUAAUUUCAGUAUUGAUUGUACUGUCAACUAUGAAGGUCUAAAAUUUGGUGGUGCAUAGUUUGACAAGAGAUCUUAUGGUAAGAGCGCUGCAGAGCGAGGCAAAGAUGUAAGAAGUUGAAAGUCCACCAAAUUCAUUGAAUCAUAUGUAGAUUUAUUAGCUCUUUUCCCCACAUUUUGAUGUUUUCCUUACAGUACAAAUUAAGUUGGUUCAUGUUGGUUCAUAUGGCAGGGAUACGGCUGCAAUUAGAGUAAGUAUAUCCUGGAGUUUAAAAUGUAUUUAUUGUUGUUUUUGUAAGGUUUAGUCGAAUAAAAUACAUUUGAUCUGUGGCAGAAUAUGCAUUAGUAAUAGAGUGUACGGUCAUAUUUUACUCUAUAAACCCUUAACUGGAAUGUAGAUCGUUUUUUCCCCAUGAAUAGGGUAUUCCAGAUCUUUACGUCUUUACCUUUAAAACUUCUUGUUUCAUUGACUUUCUCGGUUCUUUUCACGACUGAAAUAUUUGUUAAGAUCUGUUGAUAAAUGUAGCCUUGCCUACCCUGUUUGGAGAUGAUUCUCUCACCCCAUCUUCUCUUAGUAUGCCAUCUUACAACUCGCAUCAUAAUACUGCUGAUGUAAUUAGUAGUCUUUUUACAUUUUCUGCUGAAAAAAAAACCAUUUGCUUGCUGAACACUUAAUAAAAUGGCAUAUAUCACACCUA